AUGACACGCUGGAUCCUGCAGAUGCAGGAGCAGCUCACGAAUCAGAAGCCAGAACAGGGCCGAUCCGGAGGCUAUGGCACGGGCCAUUUCGUGCCACGUUCCUUCGCGCAAGAGACGCAGGAGAUGGCGACUCAGCGGCAGAAGGUUGAUCAGAGGGUUGAUUCCGACCUGCCAACCAGCAGGUCUAAUGCAGAGGCAGUGGGUGCCUCGCGCGACAAUUACAAGGACCUCAAGAUGCAGCAGAAUGCCUUCAAGGAGGAUCCCAAGCUGGGCAUCCAAACCGGCCGAGCUGGAGGUGAAGGGAAAAGGCAUCUCUUCCCGAAGCAGAACAUGGUGACUCAUGGCGUUUCUUCCGCCGAGCCGCAGGGCAUCACCUCACUGCGAGCGACAUUGGAAGGCCGCAGGUAUAUUCCAACAGUGGACAACCUCAUGGAACAGAAGAAAGAAAAUGAGGCCCGAGAAAGAGCCUUGAUGGCUGGUGGUGCAAGCGGGCCAGCGCCGGUUAACAGGCCAUCGAACCACAUCAGUGAAGACCACAUGGCACAUUUCGGCUGCACCAACACUGAUGAGCCGGCCGCUGGUGGCCGCCGGCAUGCCAACAAGCCUCGUGACCACUUCGUUGGUGCUGGCACCUGGGAAACCACAGAGGCAGUGCACGGCAAGAAGUACAUUGAUGGCUACCAAAAGAUGGACAAUCAUGCCGGGCGCCAGGACACCUACCGCACGUCCUGGAGAAAGAACCCGCAAAAGCUCCUGGGCAGCAGCAUGUUGGUGUGA